AUGGACGAACCGCAAGCGAAACGUGUUCGAUUAAGCUCUCCUGAAAAGUCAGUGACAGAAGUUGCAGCCAGCAAAACUGAUUCGACAGAUCUUUAUUUGGACACGAUUGAUAGACACAUGUUGGAUUUCGACUUUGAAAAGGUCUGCUCAGUCUCUUUAUCACAAAUCAAUGUGUAUGCCUGCUUGACCUGUGGCAAAUACUACCAAGGUCGUGGAAAGUCUUCGCAUGCCUACUUUCACAGCAUGGAUAAAGACCACCAUGUAUUUAUCAACUUACAAACAUUGAAGGUGUAUGUGCUUCCAGAUGGAUACGAGGUCGACAAUGCUUCAUUGAAUGACAUUAAGUAUGUAUUGAACCCCAUUCUGACCAAGGCGCAAGUGCACCAGCUAGAUACAACGCUCAAAAUGUCGUACGACUUGAACAAUAAGAAAUACCUGCCUGGAUUCAUCGGUCUAAACAACGUCAAAGCAAAUGAUUAUGUCAAUGUUGUCAUUCAAGCGUUGGCUCAUAUUCCUUCCAUCAGAGACUACUUUAUACUCGAGGAUUUUGAAAAGAAGGGCUCAUCUCAACUUGUGUGUAGAUUCAGUGCUUUAAUCAGAAAGAUGUGGAAUCCAAAGGCAUUCAAGGGACAAGUGAGUCCUCACGAGCUUUUGCAGGAAAUCUCCAAUGCCAGUCAGAAAAAGUUCAAAUUGACAGAGCAGAGCAAUGCCAUUGAUUUUUUGUCCUGGUUCUUGAAUACGCUCCACAAAGAUUUAGGAGGAACUAGAAAGAAGAACAGCAGCAUCAUUUACAAGAAAUUCCAGGGCGAAGUUAGAGUGGAAUCUCAAGAUUUUGGAUCUGCUGGAGCACCUACUGAGAAAGAGGCAUUGCUAUUAUUCGACGAAGCCAAAGAGAUCAAAUCCGCAACCUCACCUUUCCUGUUUUUAGCUCUCGAUCUGCCCCCAGCACCCUUAUAUCAAGAUGAAAAGGACAAGGAAAUUGUGCCUCAAGUGCCAUUAACGACUAUUCUCGCCAAAUUUGAUGGCCACAAGGUGCAAGAAGUAGCAAAUCAAAUGAAAAGAUACAGCAUCACUCGUUUACCACAAUUCCUCAUUUUCCACAUUAAACGAUUCAACAAAAACAGCUGGACCAGCGAGAAGAAUCCAACCAUUGUCAAUUUUCCCAUCAAAAACUUGGAUGUAUCUAAUUUCACAACAGAUCCAGAUGCUGAAAAACUAGGAGAUCAUUAUGAUUUGUUGGCCAACAUUUGUCAUGAAGGUAAACCUGAUGCAGGCAAAGGAACAUACAAGGUUCAUGUGCGUCAUCGAGGUACGGGUCAAUGGUAUCAAAUUCAAGAUUUGAUUGUAGAGGAAAUCAUGCCGCAAAUGAUUUUUAUGUCGGAAAGUUACAUCCAGAUCUGGGAGAGAAAAAAGAAUACAACAAAAGCAUAA